CGCCGCCGCCGCCGCCGCGGCGCCUACGGCCGGAGGACGGCGGCUCCAGCGCCGCCUCCACCUCGGCCGCCGCAAUGGCGACGGUCGGGGAGCGCAGGCCCCUGCCCAGUCCCGAAGCGAUGCUGGGACAGUCGUGGAAUCUGUGGGUCGAGGCUUCCAAACUUCCUGGGAAGGACGGGACGGAAUUGGACGAAAGUUUCAAGGAGUUUGGGAAAAACCGCGAAGUCACGGGGCUCUGUCGGGAAGACAUGCCAAUAUUUGGUUUCUGUCCAGCCCAUGAUGAUUUCUACUUGGUGGUGUGUAACAACUGUAAUCAGGUUGUCAAACCGCAGGCAUUUCAAUCACAUUAUGAAAGAAGACACAGUUCAUCCAGCAAGCCUUCUCUGACCGUUCCUCCCACUUCAGUAUUUUCCUUCUUCCCUUCUCUGUCCAAAAGCAAAGGAGGCAGUGCAAGUGGAAACAACCGUUCUUCCAGUGGAGGUGUUCUUAGUGCAUCCUCAUCAAGUUCCAAGUUGUUGAAAUCACCCAAAGAGAAACUCAGGGGGAACACCAGGCCAAUGCAUCCCGUUCAGCAAAGUAGAGUUCCCCAUGGUAGAAUCAUGACACCCUCUGUGAAAGUGGAAAAGAUUCAUCCAAAAAUCGAUGGCACACUACUGAAACCUACAGUGGGGCCAACCUGUCCUGCUACUGUGAGUUCCUCAGUCAAGCCUGGCCUUAACUGCCCCUCAAUACCAAAGCCAACCUUGCCUUCACCUGGACAGAUUCUGAAUGGCAAAGGGCUUCCUGUACCGCCCACUCUGGAAAAGAAAUCUGAAGAUAAUUCCAAUAACAGAAAAUAUUUAAAUAAGAGAUUAUCAGAAAGAGAGUUUGAUCCUGACAUCCACUGUGGGGUCAUUGAUCUUGACACCAAGAAGCCCUGUACCCGCUCUUUGACAUGCAAGACACAUUCCUUAACCCAGCGGAGGGCUGUCCAGGGUAGAAGAAAACGAUUUGAUGUGUUAUUAGCCGAGCACAAAAACAAAACCAGGGAAAAGGAAUCGAUUCGCCAUCCAGACUCUCAGCAACCACCACAGCCUCUCAGGGACCCACAUCCCACCCCUCCUAGAACGUCACAGGAGCUGCACCAAAACCCUCAUGGAGUGAUUCCUUCUGAAUCAAAGCCUUUUGUAGCUAGUAAACCUAAACCUCACACCCCUAGUCUUCCAAGGCCUCCAGGCUGCCCUGCUCAGCAAGGUGGGAGUGCCCCCAUUGACCCUCCUCCAGUCCAUGAAUCUCCACACCCUCCCCUGCCUGCCACUGAGCCAGCUUCUCGGUUAUCCAGUGAGGAAGGCGAAGGCGAUGACAAAGAAGAGUCUGUUGAAAAACUGGACUGUCAUUAUUCAGGUCAUCAUCCUCAGCCAGCAUCUUUUUGCACAUUUGGGAGCCGGCAGAUUGGAAGAGGCUAUUACGUGUUUGACUCCAGGUGGAACCGGCUUCGCUGCGCCCUCAACCUCAUGGUGGAGAAGCAUCUGAAUGCGCAGCUGUGGAAGAAAAUCCCACCAGUGCCCAGUACCACAUCACCUGUUUCCACACGUAUUCCUCACCGGACAAACUCUGUGCCGACAUCACAAUGUGGGGUCAGCUAUCUAGCAGCAGCCACUGUUUCUACAUCCCCAGUUCUGCUCUCGUCCACCUGCAUCUCCCCAAACAGCAAAUCGGUACCAGCGCAUGGAACCACACUAAAUGCUCAGCCUGCCACUUCAGGGGCAAUGGAUCCUGUGUGCAGUAUGCAAUCCAGACAAGUGUCCUCUUCAUCCUCUUCCCCUUCCAUGCCCUCUGGCCCCUCCUCAGUUCCCUCCUCCCCUAUGUCCAGGAAACCUCAGAAGUUGAAAUCCAACAAGUCUUUAAGGCCCAAGGAGUCUUCUGGUAACAGCACUAACUGUCACAAUGCCGGUAGCAGUACCAGUGGCGGCUCAGGAAAGAAACGCAAAAACAGUUCCCCACUAUUAGUUCACUCUUCCUCGUCUUCCUCUUCUUCUUCUUCUCAUUCCAUGGAGUCUUUUAAGAAAAACUGUGUGGCUCAUUCUGGGCCAUCCUACCCCUCAACAGUAACAUCUUCCCAUAGCAUUGGCCUCAACUGUGUGACGAAUAAAGCAAACUCGGUGAGCGUCCGGCACGACCAGUCAGGGAGGGGCCCCCACAGUGGGAGCCCUGCUGAAUCCAUCAAGAGGAUGAGUGUGAUGGUGAACAGCAGUGAUUCCACUCUUUCUCUUGGUCCUUUCAUUCACCAGUCCAAUGAACUGCCUGUCAACUCCCACGGCAGUUUUUCACACUCACACACUCCCUUAGACAAACUCAUAGGAAAGAAAAGAAAGUGCUCACCCAGCUCGAGCAAUAUCAACAACAGCAGCAGCAAACCCACAAAGGUUGCCAAAGUGCCUGCCAUGAACAACGUCCACAUGAAACACACAGGCACCAUCCCAGGGGCACAAGGACUGACGAACAAUUCCCUUCUUCAUCAGCCAAAGGCACGUCCUUGACAGCUGAAAAUAGCACGGGGAGGAAUAAUCCGGACACUUUUGAGGACAAGUUACACCUCCACUCAGCACUCCGGACUCCACGAUGCCUUUGAGUCUGUUUUCCCAACCUCCUGUGGGCCUCAAGGGUAGACACCUGCUGGGCUGUUAUUUUAACGAGGAUUUCCCUGAAGCUAUGUCUGUAGCAGUGAGUACUCAUAAAGGACACUGGAUCAUGUUCAGCCACCGAAUUGCUUUUAUCAGUGUUAAAGUGGUCUGGACUGCUUGCUACCAAUCUGUGAGAAGUUUUUGUUUUUGUUUUGUUUUUUAACUUGCAGUAUAUCUUGGAGCCACUGUUCGAGUAGAUUGGCUGGGAAAAAGAAUGUUUUGGCAAGAGUGUUACUGUAGACCUUUCUCUUUCUUUCCUCUCUCCACCAUUUUUUUACACUAGUCUUCUGUAGGUCAUUCUCCAGCAGUUAGAACCUUAGCUGAAGACUGGAAACCUUCCAGAGGGGAGAGAGCUGUACCCUGAGUAACCCUCUGGAGAAGGG